GGCAAAAUGUCCUCUCAGUCAGAAAUGAAUCUCUCUUGUUCGAUCUGCUAUGACAUCUUCAGAGACCCCAUCAUGCUGUCAUGCAGCCACAGCUUUUGUAAAGACUGCCUGCAAAUGUGGUGGAAGGAGAAACCAGUACGUAAAUGCCCACUUUGUAAGAAUUUGCAUUUUUCAGAUGACCCACCCUGUAACUUGGUGUUAAAGAACCUGUGUGAAGCUUUCUUACUGGAGAGAGAUCAAAAAGCUUCUUAAGAGUCAGAGGCUCACUGCAGUCUGCACUCUGAGAAACUCAAACUCUUCUGUCUGGACCAUCAGCUGCCAGUGUAUCUUGUUUGUAGGGAUUCAAAAAUACACAACAAACACAAAUUCAGAACCAUCGAAGAAGCUGUGGAGGAUCACAGAAAAGUGCUUCAGGUGUUACUACAUCCCUUAAAAGAGAAACUGAAGCACUUUAAAAUAGUUAAAGGAGACUUUGAUCAAACUAGAGAACAUAUUAAAGUCCAGGCCCUACACACAGAGAGGAAGAUCAAGGAGAAGUUUGCAAAAAUGCACCAGUUUCUACAAGAAGAAGAAAAAGCAAGAAUCACUGCUCUGAGGGGAGAAGUGGAACAGAACAAUCAGAUGAUCAAGGAGAAGACGGAGGCUCUGAGCAGAAAAAUAGCAGCUCUUUUAGACACAAUCAGAGCCACAGAGGAGAACCUGAGAGCGGAAGAUGUCUCAUUUCUGCAAAACAUCAAGCCUGCAGUGAACAGAGUCCAGCAGCGCACCCUGCUGGAGGAACCACAUGUGGUCUCAGGAGCUCUGAUAGAUGUGGCCAAACACCUGGGCAACCUAACCUUCAACAUCUGGAAGAACAUGAAGGAUAUGGUCUCCUGCACUCCAGUGAUUCUGGAUCCAAACACAGCUCAUCAACUCAUCCUCUCAGAAGAUCUGACCAGUGUGAGUCUCGGUGAGAGACAGCAGCUUCCCAACAAUCCAGAGAGGUUUGACCACCAUCCAAUUGUUCUUGGCUCCGAGGGCUUCGACUCAGGGACUCACAGCUGGCAUGUUGAGGUUAGAAAGGAUGUGAUCAGGUGCCUCGGUGUGCUAAUAGAGUCUGUUAAGAGAAAAGAACAAUUACAGACUGGAUUCUGGGAAAUAUGUCUCCAGGAUGGACAAUACACAGCAGCCGCUCCACCACUUCCUGAUAAACUUCUCUCAGUGAAGAAGCUGCAGAGGGUCAAAGUUCAGCUGGACUGUGACAGAGGGAAGCUCUCAUUCUUCGAUCCUGACACCAGCACACACAUACACACCUUCAAACUCAGUUUCACUGAGAAGCUGUUUCCUUACAUUGGCACGCACAAUAAAGUACCAAUGAAGAUUUUACCUGUGACUGUGAGAGUGGAACAGCACACGCCCUCUUUAUCUACAGGUUUUUGGUUUAGCUAG